AUGUGACAGACCAGGGUAUGCGCCAGGGUACUGCCAAGGUGCUAGCCAGGGCAGGAAGAUACCUGCAGUACACAUCCUACGAUGGCUUCCACAACUUCACUGCACCUUGGACUGCACUGCAAUGGCCACUGGCACCCCUGUGCCGGGACCGACAUCCUCUCGAGGGCUCUCUAUCGCUGAGCUGAUCCAUCCAGCUACUCCACGGCCUAAACGGACUAAGGCCUUUGAACUGGCCCGCGACGACCGCAUCCGUAUCCGGGCCCUACACGACUUCGGCCACACAUACCGGGAGAUCGCUUCAAAGACCCAGUAUACGGUCCGGCAAAUCGAGUGGGCUUGCAAAGGCCCAGUAACCCCCCAGAAAAAGAAGCCAAGGAAAGGGGCCACUCGAACCCCGCAACGGGAGCAGUUACGGCAAUGGUUGGAGACUGGCCAUAACCGCUACAUCCCAUUGUACCAGCUCCCUGCCCGGAUGCCUCCUCCGCUCCAAGGCUACGGUGAAACGGCUCUUACACGCGCAAUCCACGACCUCGGGUGGCUUCCUUUAUUCGGCCUAAGAAGAUCCACCUUACCGAGGAAGAUCUACACCGUCGCAUUCAGUGGUGCCAGGAACAGUUACGGCUACGGCCACGACCCGAAGACUGGGAGGAUGUGCUCUUUUCUGAUGAGACCUGGGCAGUUAACAACCCGAUGUGGAAGAAACGAGUCCUUAUGGACAAGACCGAUGAUCUGAGCAAAUAUGCCUUGAAGAAAAGGAAGCCGAAAGGCUGGAUGUUCUGGGGUUCGUUGCCGGCCGCCGGAGAGGACCGUUCUUUGUAUGGGAAAAGGAGUAUGGAGGUAUCUGUGCCGACAACUAUAUCCAAUAUAUCCUCCCAUUGGUUGACCGCUUCAACCAGGAACAGCGCAUUGUCUUCCAACAAGAUAAUGCUUCGGCACACAGAGCACGGAAAAGCAAGGCUAGACUCCAAGAACUGGGUAUCGAGGUCCUGCGAUGGCCGCCUAAAAGCCCAGAUCUUGCACCUACAGAGAACGUAUGGCCCUGGAUAAAAGAUUGGAUGGAGUGCUUGCCGGAGGAAGAUAUUCAGGAACUUAAUCCUCUGCAAUUAAGAGGGCUUUUGAUAGAGGGUUGGUCGGCUGUGCCAGAGGAUUGGCUUCUUCGACCGGCACAUACGAUGCCCAGGAGGCUGCAGAUGCGCCUGGAAAACGGAGGGCGGAC